CUGCUAAGACUAUCGGCUGAUGCCUCACAUGACCCAGCCCAAUGUUUUAUUAAAGACCUGAGCACCUACUCAGAGCCGCUCAUUGCAACAUUGUAGCAAGCGUGCGCUGCGUCUCAUUUACUAUCACAGUGACAUUUCUCAGGGAUUCCAUCUCAAGAACACAGGAUAAGCCCAAUAAACAGACAGGACUGAGCAAGUUCCCUGCGGUGUUCCAGUGCCCUUGCUGUGUGGAAAGUGCAAUGAGUAGAUUUGUUUUGGCUCUGUGGAUGUAUUUAGGGAUUGUAGUUGCCCCUGGAUGGGGUUCCUUGCUUGCUGAAGAGGGACUUCUUAAAGAGGACACUAUUGCAAAUUUGUUGAAGGAGGAGAACGAUGUUAUACAGACAAAAACAAAUAAUAUUCGUUUCAAUGUCAACUUCACUUCUAAUCCUGAUGAAGGUUGUUAUCUCCACCCUGGCCAGGAUAACUGUCUUCAAAACUGCAACUACAACACAUCUGGGAAAACCUUCAUUGUCAUUCACGGGUGGACUAUGAGUGGAAUGUUUGAGAACUGGUUACACAAGCUGGUGUAUGCUCUUCAAGAGCGAGAGCAGGAUGCCAACAUCAUUGUAGUUGACUGGAUCUUUCUCGCACAUCAACUGUACCCUGAUGCAGUGAACAACACGAAGUUGGUUGGCAAGGACAUAGCUAUACUACUAGACUGGCUGCAGGACAAGGCAAAUCUCUCCCUUGACAAUGUUCAUCUUAUUGGCUACAGUCUUGGGGCUCAUGUCGCUGGUUAUGCUGGAAAUUACGUCAAUGGUACAAUUGGACGGAUUACAGGCCUGGACCCAGCAGGACCUAUGUUUGAAGGAGUAGAAGCUCACAAACGUCUUUCACCCGAUGAUGCACAUUUCGUAGAUGUUCUCCAUACCUAUACUAGAGAGGCGCUAGGGGUCAGUAUUGGGAUCCAGAUGCCAAUUGGACACAUUGAUGUAUAUCCUAAUGGUGGGGACUUUCAACCUGGCUGUGGCUUAAGUGAUGUUAUUGGAGCCAUUGCCUAUGGAAGUAUUGGAGAUGCCGUGAAGUGUGAGCAUGAAAGGUCUGUGCACCUGUUUGUGGACUCCUUGAUUAACAAGGACAAAGAGAGCUUUGCCUUUCAAUGCACAGAUUCUACACGUUUCAAGAAGGGCAUCUGUCUGAGCUGUCGAAAAAACAGAUGUAACGCAAUAGGUUACAACGCAAAGAAGACACGAAGCAAAAAGAACAGCAAGAUGUAUCUGAAAACCAGAGCACAAAUGCCAUACAAAGUUUUCCACUAUCAGCUCAAAAUGCAUGUUUUCAAGUACAAAGAGUAUGAGGAAAAUGAGCCUACGUUUUCGGUUACUCUUUAUGGGACAUUGAAUGAUUCCGAGGCACUUCCUUUAGCAGUACCUGAACAGAUUGGAUACAAUUUUACAAACACAUUCCUGGUUUACACAGAGGAUGAUAUUGGCGAUCUAAUGAAAAUUAGAUUGAAAUGGGAGGGGACCAAGCAGACCUGGUAUUCCGUUUGGAGUUCAUUACAAUCUUACUGGUCCAAGAAGCAGUUGAGUGAAAAGGAAUUACAUGUUAGGCGUAUACGAGUCAAGUCCGGAGAGACCCAGCAGAAGUUUACAUUCUGCCUGGAAGACCUUAGUGCGAAUCUUAUAACACCUGGUAAUGAACUCGUUUUUGUCAAGUGCCGAGAUGGCUGGGAAGUGAAACCACGCAAGCGUGUCAGCCUUGAAGCUACAAUCUGAAUUCUAUGAAAACUGGAGGAAUAUUAAGACCAAACACCUGUGAACUGACUUUUGUAUUUUUUUUUUUAAGUUCUGCCUCAAGCACUGGAGUCUGAGCUGCUUAGUAUUCAUUUAUUCCCGCCCCCAUAUCCUAUCUCUAUUUGCAAUCCAUAAUCUAUUGGAUUACCUGUGUUGUGGCAGCUCCAGCAACAAAUGGGGACACAAGAUUCCGAAGUCACUCUGUAUCUUGGCCAGAAAGGUGGCAACGCGUUGACUUGUUUACAUAUUGCUAUUUUCUAGUUGUAGAUAAACUGUAUAGCCUUUUUUAACCUUUUGAGUAAAAUGCGUUGCCUGGCUUUCUGACGUUAAAGUUUAAUACUUGUCCAGUCACCUUGAAAAGGCAGCUCGAGUCAUUUUUUUUUUUUGUUGAAUGAAUGAUGUAACGAAGUGAGUGUUAUUUAUUGUUACAUUAAGACGUUCCAAACACUGAGCAUUUAGAAUUGUUAAAUAACAUCUUUAACUUCUGAAUGGACAAAGUUCUUUUCACUGCCCCUUCAGUUCUGGCCAAAUGCCUUCCUAUAACUGGCAUGGUUGGCAAUACCCAAUUUUUAGCAAUCCUGUAAAAGGGGCAAAUGUUUAAUUUAUUUACACUUUGUGUUUUUAUUUAUUGGUUUUCAUGACCAGAGGUUUUUUGUCAGUAUUCAGUUUAAGGCCGAAAGUCAUUUAGAAUUCUAAUUUCAGUAAACAGAAGAGCAGACGGCUAAAACAAAAUGAAGGAAAAGGCACCGUAUGAUAUCAGGACUGCUAACUGCAGUGUUGACUUUUUUGUA